AUGCCGGUAGCCACCAACGCCGCCACAAAUCCCGCCAGUGUUUCCCACGUUGAGGGCACAAAUUUGGUAUUGCCCAGCGUUAAACGACAACAUAUGGGCGCCUAUCUGUGCAUAGCCUCAAAUGGCGUACCGCCAUCUGUCAGCAAGAGAAUAACACUAAUUGUGCACUUCCCUCCCAUGAUAACGGUGCAAAAUCAACUGAUCGGAGCGGUGGAAGGCAAAGGUGUAACACUGGAAUGUGACUCGGAGGCAUUUCCCAGAUCCAUUAACUAUUGGACAAAGGAAAAAGGAGAUAUUGUGCCACCAGCCAGCAAAUUCGUUUCGAACGUCACCGAAAUCGGAGAUUAUCGCACCUCAAUAAAACUGCACAUAAAUCCCCUGUCAGCCUCCGAUUUUGGGGCAUAUCGUUGUGUGGCGAAAAAUUCGCUGGGAGAUACGGAUGGAACCAUUAAAUUGUACAAAAUACCAUCGAAUACCAUUAAUGAUGUGGAAGGAUAUCCUCGAAAGAAAGGCAAAAAACGUAUCAAAUCAUCUGAACCUUAUCAUCAGUCGAAAGUAACCUCAAGUGAAAGUGAGGAAAAUGAAAAUCCUGGAAAACGGAAAGAUCUCUUAAUGAUAACUGAAUUCGAUGAUUUAUAUCCAAGUUCAGCGGUGGGUCGACACAACAGCAAUCCACACCGAACGUCACUUUUGCUAAUAAGCAUCACAGCGAGCGUGUGUCUGACACUGAUGCAACACAUCUCCCACUACGUCUGUUGUCGUCAGCAACAACAUUGACAUCUUCGGAUGACAAUGACGCUGAUGUGAUAUUUUUUGGGUUAUGACGAAAACACUGCUGAUGCCACUGACAUCCAUCCUCAGGCAAAUGAAGAGAUAAUAUAUAAAUAUUGUUAAAGCCUUUUACGACGAAAGACGAAGGAUUACAUUUUAACCUGGCCUAAGGAGCGAAGGGUGGAAGGAAGACAGGAAGAGAGAUUACACAUGAAGUACAUUUGCUAUUAUAUCAUACAUUUCCAAAUGGUAAAUUUAACUUUAAGUUGAGUAUGUUAUAUAUAUGAAUAAGAAGCUAUAUAUAUAAAUUGUAUAAAAGUUAAAAACAAACAAAAAAAAU